AUGAAUAUAACCCGCUUACCGUCGAAACGCCUAGUACGCUGGCUCGACGAGUUUAGCGAAUACUCGCUGGACAUCAAAUAUCGAAAGGGUUUAGAGGUAGUGGUCCCUGACGCCAUCUCGCGAAGGCUAGAUUUCCUAGGCCUUAACGCUUACGAAUUGCUCGAAGGGGGAGAAAACCCCCUCGACGAAGGACAAGAUCUUAAAGGAAUUGACAUCGAGAACUUCGCCGCCAUCGAAAACCGCUUAUAUCGAAAGGUUGACGACACUACGGAUACUUCAGUGCCCCUAUGCUCGACGGCGUUAUCAAAUUCCGAGGAUGGUGGCCGACAAUGCAUCGAGACGUUCAAGUUCGAAGCGACUUACUUCGGACCCUUCAAGAUCGAAAAGAAGCUAUAG